AUGUCGCAAAUCCUACACAAAGCCGAGAGCGCCAUCACCAGCCACAAAAAUGAAGCAAAAGAUCAUAAUGCGGACCAAGGUGGGUCUCAUGGGUCGAAGUUAGCAAACAAUUUGGAUCCUCGACUUCAUACCAGCCAUGGCCACUACGAGUCUGAGACACCGAGAAGCGCUGUUUCAGAUAAUGCAGGAGCUGCAGAGGGCUCAGAUAAGUCCUAUCCUGAGGAUGUCAUGACGGAUGGGAUUGUCGGAGCCCAUCAUGAUGAUUCUGAUGUCAGCAAGGAGAUCGAGCAGCGUGCUGUCCCGGAAGAUAAAAACCAUCAUGAUGAAUUGCAGGAGGCUAAAUCUUGGAGGCCAACUAAGCAGGAUAGAUUAGUUGGGCAUUGA